CUUGUACAGACCUCAUGCCAGUUCUCUUUGUAUGCUACUGCAUUGUGCUUUGCAGACCUACUGUAAACUGGAUAGAAAACUAUAGAUUUGGUGACAAGAAUUAUGAAUGAAAAGGAGGAAAUGAGAAGAGAAAGAAGAGACUCUACAGGGGUGGGUAAUUCAUUGGUCCACAAGCGGUCUCCUUUACGCCGAAACCAAAAGACCCCAACAUCCUUGACCAAGCUGUCCAUACAUGAUGGACAGAAAGCCAAAAAGCCCGUGUGUAAAUUUGAAGAAGGUCAGGAUGUCCUAGCUAGAUGGUCAGAUGGCUUGUUUUAUCUUGGAACCAUCAAAAAGAUAAACAAACUGAAACAGAGCUGCUUCAUUAUAUUUGAAGACAGCUCCAAAUCCUGGGUUCUGUGGAAGGACAUACAAACAGGAGCCACUGAAAGUGGGGAAAUGGUCUGUACGAUAUGUCAGGAGGAGUAUUCAGAAGCACCUAAUGAAAUGGUUAUAUGUGAUAAAUGUGGCCAAGGUUAUCAUCAGCUAUGUCACACACCAAACAUUGAUUCCAGCGUGAUUGAUUCGGAUGAUAAAUGGCUUUGUCGACAAUGUGUUUUUGCAACAACAACUAAGAGGGGCGGUGCACUUAAGAAAGGACCCAAUGCCAAAGCACUGCAAGUCAUGAAGCAAACCUUACCAUACAAUGUAACAGAUCUGGAAUGGGAUGCAGGUCAUAAAACUAACCUCCAGCAGUGUUACUGCUAUUGUGGAGGCCCUGGCGAUCUUUCUUUUUCUUUGUAUGGUCUUCUCAUGACAACCAUUAACAAAAUAUCUGAAUGCAAAGACCAGGGUAUCAAAUUCAUUGAUUUCUGCAGGCCAGAUGAGGGUUGUGGGGCCAGUUUGUGCGCCAGAUUGGGCCAGCAAACCAGCUGGUAUUUAAAGAUGCUGCAGUGUUGCAAAUGUAAACAGUGGUUUCAUGAAGCUUGUGUGCAGUGUCUCCAAAAGCCAAUGCUUUUUGGUGACAGGUUUUAUACAUUCAUAUGCUCAGUUUGCAGUUCUGGACCAGAAUACCUCAAACGUUUACCCUUGCGAUGGGUAGAUAUAGCACAUCUAUGUCUUUACAACCUAAGUGUUAUUCAUAAGAAGAAAUACUUUGAUUCGGAACUUGAACUUAUGGCAUACAUUAAUGAAAACUGGGAUCGAUUGCAUCCUGGUGAGCUGGCAGACACACCAAAAUCUGAAAGAUAUGAGCAUGUACUGGAGGCAUUAAAUGAUUACAAGACUAUGUUUAUGUCUGGAAAAGAAAUAAAGAAAAAGAAGCAUUUGUUUGGCUUGAGAAUUCGUGUUCCUCCAGUGCCACCAAAUGCUGCCUUAAAGGCUGAGAAAGAACCCGAAGGAACAUCUCAUGAGUUCAAAAUUAAGGGCAGGAAAUCAUCUAAACCAAUACCUGAUACAAGGGAAGUAACUAAUGGUAUAGAAAGGAAGGGGAAGAAAAAAUCAGUAGGUCGUCCCCCUGGUCCCUAUACAAGAAAAAUGAUUCCCAAAACUCCAGAGCCAUCUUCUUUGGAAAAGGAACCAGUUCCAGUGGUAGAGACUCCAGUCCUGGAUUUGCCCCCCUCUGUUGGUCCUAUUAUCUUGAAUCUCAGGAGAGCUGAUGGAACUGCACAUUCAUCUAAUACCUCAGAUGUGGAAUCCACAGGUGCUGCCAGUACAAAAGAAACUACCUCAUCUAGCAUUUCACGACAUUAUAGCUUAUCUGACUCCAGAAAAAGGACUCGUACGGGAAGAACUUGGCCUGCUGCAAUACCACAUUUGAGGAGAAGAGGUCGCUUUCCAAGAAAAGCACUCCAGACUCAGAAUUCAGAAAUUGUAAAAGAUGAUGAAGGCAAAGAAGAUUAUCCAUAUGAUGAACUCAAUACAGAGAUUCUUAAUAAUUUAGCAGAUCAGGAAUUACAGCUCAAUCAUCUGAAGAACUCAAUUACUAGUUAUUUUGGUGCAGCAGGUAGAAUAGCUUGUGGUGAAAAAUAUCGUGUUUUGGCUCGUCGGGUGACACUUGAUGGAAAGGUGCAGUAUCUUGUGGAGUGGGAAGGAGCAACUGCAUCCUGACUGUAGGACCGAACAUUAUGUUCACUGCACUGUCAUCUGUAGGUACAGUUUUUAACCCGGAGCCCUGCAGGAGAUGUGUCUUUUAAUGUGUUUCUAAAAAAAAACAAAAAAAACAAAAAAAACCAACAAACCAAUUUAGCCUUAACAUGUACUUCUUAACAUUACAACUAUUGUAAUAAAGACGUAUCUUUUUAAAAUCAGAUCUGAUACUUAAAUUUUUUAAUCUGAGCAUUGUUAGAUUGUUUUAGGUUGGAAUAUUUUGGGUUACAAUUACUUAAAAAUGUGCAUGUUUAAAAAAAAAAAAAAAAAAAAAAGACAUUUUCUAGAGAACAUUCCAUGGACACAGUUUUGUGAUUAGGAAAAAUAUUAUGUAGAUAGCACAAAUCUUUGGAGAAACUUGGUUUGUUUUCUUACCCAAAUGUUUGCAGAAAUGUAUUUCUAUUUCAAUAUCCUCUAGAUUUCCUAAAGUGCAGUGUAUAUAAUGCCUACUGAAGACUGUAAAAUAAUACUGAAGUUUUCUUUCAAGCAAAGUGUAAGAGAAAAAGAGGAAAAAAAAAAAAAAAAAAGAAAAAAUAUAUUGUGCCUGUAAAUUGCUCUGUGACUAGACUUUGUUGUCGUCUUAAUAUAUUCUUUGUGUGUGCGCGUGCUUGUGCGUGCGCGCGCGUGUGUGUGCAUAUACACAUAUGCACACACGUUGUGUGUGUGUGUGUGUGUGUGUGUGAUUGUGACCUAUGCAAUACAAAUUAUGGGAUCGGGCAGCUUUUGGAGUAUAAAUCCCAUAAUUUUUUUUUAUCAGGAAUAGUUGCAGUAUUUACAGCAGCAUUUCUUCUCAGGCUUUAUUGGGUGCUGUUGCUUGCUAUGUACUAAGGAAAAGUGUCAAAUCAAUGCAGUGUGUUCUGACAAUGGAUGCAGUCACUGAUAACUCCAUAUACUCCUGAAAAUGUACUUGUUUCCUUAAUCAACUGCUCAAAACCAUAAAGCAGGAUUUGAAUAUUUUGAACAUAAACUCUACUAGAAGUAUUUUAAAGAUUUUUGUGGCCCAUUGAUUGUAAAUUGUGUCCCAGUUAUUUAAUAAUAAAAAAAAAAAGUUGACGGGAAUCUCAUAAAAAAAAAUCCUACAA